UUGAUUGAAGAUUAAAGAUGUUGAGCAGAAUAACGUCGAGAUUUGCACAAGGAAAAAAGAUGAAUAAUAAGAAACGCAAAGGUAAAGGUCCAAUGGAGCCUGAAAUAGACCCUAAUGUUGGAGAUUUGGAAGUUCCAGAUACCGGGUUCGAUGAAGAUAGCGAAGAUGAAACAACACCGUCCGUGGUAUCCCUAGAUAACUACAAUUGCCUGGAAGAUAGUGACAAACACGCUUCUACAGAUAUUACAUAUUCAAGCGAUCCAAAAUUCAGGUACCAACAUCGUGGUUCACUCUUUUCGGUCAUUGUUUAUUAUAAGGAGAUAACAAAACAUAAUCCAAAAAUUAAAUACAUUAUCGACAAGGCAGGAUGGGGACGUUUAUUAGCCAUGGAAAUAGGAGAAGCAUCACACCCAGUGAUUGAUUAUCUUGUUGAACGUUGGUGGGAUACAACGCAUACUUUUCACUUCCCUUUUGGUGAAAUGGGAUUCACGCCGCUUGAUUGGGUAGUGUUGACAGGAUUGAGUAUUGGAAUUGGGGAUGAUGUUCCGUAUAACCCAGUCAAGUACAAAUUUGAUUAUGUCCGUGAGCAUGUUUUUCCAGAAAUAGAAGAACCCUUAGAUUAUGAAGAUCCCCCAAUCUCUGGAAAAAAACGCCCCCCGGCACAGUGGAUUUCAGAUGCAAUCACAAUUAAAUUUUUGACUACGUAUUUCAAAGAAGAUAUCUUGGUUGCAGCUAAUUUGGAUGACAAACUAGCAGAAAAAGUGGCGAGGGCCUUUUUUAUGUAUGUUUUGGGAAAUUUUUUCUUUUCCAAUGCAAAGAACUACAUUGAUGCGGCUUGGUUAGCUGCUUUUGAGGAUCUAAAUGCAGUUGAUAUGUAUGACUGGGGUGGUCCUGCUUUUGCAAAAUUGUAUGUGGCACUCAACGCAUCUGGUAGGGGACAGAAGUCAUUAUCUGGGCCGUUCCAAAUAUUAGAUUUUUGGGGAUAUGAAUAUCUGGGCAUAUGUAGACCGUGCGACCCAACUAGUGAAGAAAAAUGGCCAAGAACUUCCCGGUGGAAAGCGAAGAAAAAGACUAUCGAUAUUGUUCACUGUAGGAAUGCGCUUAAUCAGUUGACUGCAGACAUCGUGACAUGGAGACCGUGGGAAUCCGCCAUUGGUGUUCUUGACUCUGAUGUUGGUCGCAGGGCUGUGGAGCUUUCAAACAAAAGGGUUAUAUUUACUUGGAUUGGCAAGGUCAGUUAG